AUAACCUCCAGGUGUCUGUCAAUUCCACGAGCAUUAUGACCUGAAACAAGUGUUACUUUAUUUAUUUAAAAAUGGGUGAUUCAGACAAUGAGAACUAUGUUACGUUUGGAGAACCCCUGGAGCCUUUGGAUGAAGAGAACUUGCCCAGGAAGAAACCAGUAACGAUAGAAGAGCAGAUCGCAACAGACGCCCAAGGACGACGGAGGUUUCAUGGUGCAUUCACCGGUGGUUUUUCAGCGGGAUAUUUCAACACAGUGGGUACUAGAGAUGGCUGGAGGCCACAGCAAUUCAAGUCCUCUCGGAGCAACAAAGCCGGAAGUGUCAAUCAGCUCCCAGAGGACUUCAUGGACGAGGAGGACACCGGUGAAUUUGGAAUUGCACCAACUGCUAUCAGAACCUCCAGCGAUUACACGAGCUCUGCCAAAGGGGCAAAGAGGGAGAGACCGAGGGCCAGUGAGGGUCCAAUUCCGGGAGUGCCUGUCCUCCAGGAUAUCCUCAAACCAGUGACUGACACCAUCGGGGUUGCACUGUUAAAAAAAAUGGGCUGGAAACCCGGACAGGGGGUGGGCCCCAGGGUAACCAGAAGAGAAAAGCGAAGAACUCGCGAGAGGAAUGACAAAAAAAAAUUCUAUGGGUGCUCUUUGCCCAAUCAGGAGGCAAAAACCACUGAAACUACCUCUGAAAGCUCUGAUGAAGACCACGAAGGCAUUCUCUUCGCUCCAGACGAUUACGAACCAUUUCGGUUGAACCCGAAGUCGAAUACGUUCGGAAUAGGUUAUAGCGGAUUAGAGCGCACUUCGGUCCUAGGCCAUAUAAAUCUCUUCGAUGGCCCUUCGCUGCAGCUGACCGAGAAGAACAAGAAGCUCUCGAUAAAAGGACAGGCAUUCGGUGUGGGAGCCUUUGAGGCAGACGACGAGGACAUUUACGCCCGAGAUGAUAUGUCCAGGUACGACUUCACUCUGGGUCCAGAGUCUAAAAAAACCCCCCGACGAAAGCCCAACGAGUCCACCGUUGAAGGCUGCCUAGAGGGUUUCGUCCCUGCGAAAAACACUCUUCCACGUCAUAAGUACUUUCCUCCACCAGAGCUUCCAAAGGACUUUAAGCCCAUCCACAGGGUGCGUAAGAGUCGAUUCUCUCCAGCGGAAGAUCUAAAAGACUCGAAUCAAUCCACGAGAGAAAUGGCCCACAGAAAAGGUCUAGCCCGUCAUGACCUCGAUGCUACAGACAGAUCAGUGAUCCUCGGGGAAUCCUCGAGCCACGAUAAACCCACAGGACCAGACAAAACCUCUCAAAGUAAACCCUCCCCUGCAGCAAACAUCAUCACUCGAACCUUGAACCUCCAUGGACGGGAGCACCUGAAAAAUAUCUCAGAGACCCUGAAAGAGCCCAAAAAACCUGCGGUCUCAUGGCUGGACAAACUCUCAACCACGAGUUUCGUUAGAGGAGGUGUCGAGGGGGCAGAAAAUACUCCUGGAGCCCUUCAGAAUCUUCCCGAAUUCAAAUCAUCUCUGGGAUCAACGCCAAAACCCUUCAUCGAGGAGGAAAAGCAGAAGCGGUUUGAGCAAUACCUGGAGUUCGUCAAUAACAACGAGAGGAGUAAAUUGUCGAGCAUUCAGCCUCUUUCAAUGACUGAGUGGCAGAGGGGGCGCGAGGAGGAGGAAUUCGAGCAGGCGUUGAGGAUGUGUGAGGGUCCUGGGACAUCCAUUAAUAAAAGUGAUAAUAUUGAGGAUCCCAUGGUGGCGGCAGCCAGGGCGAAAAUGUUUGGAAAACUGACGAGAGUCGUCGAGCCCUGGCAACCUUCCAGCAUCAUCUGCAAGAGGUUCAAUAUUCCUGAGCCCAGAACUGGGUGUGCUAAGCCAGAGGUAAAGAAGAAAUUCUCGGUUUUUGAAGGCCUCGAUUUUUCGUCCGAUAAGUUUCAGAGAGCUACAGAUACCGCUGGGACAUAUAAAGAACCACAUAUCGAGUAUAAAUCAGUGGGAAAGAAAGUUGAGAGGGUGGAGGCGGUAAAGGAAGUGGAGGAAACGACGGGGACUCAAGGAGCUCAAAGGGUUCAGGGGGAAUUGGGGCAUCGGCUGGAUACUUCGGAUAUUGAUACAAGGGGCAGCAGAUCUGGAAAAAUGCGGGACUUUGAAAGUUCUUAUGGAAAGAUCUUUGGAAAAGGCUCUGAAAAGACUCAGGAUGCUGAGGUAUCUCAUGGAGAGGAGACUGGUAAGAAGGACCUGUUCAAGGCUAUUUUUCUCAGCAGCAGUGAGGACGAGGGAGGUGACGAGGGUGAGGGGGUUGAGGAUGGGGUUAAUGAGGACGCUGUUAAGGCGUUGUUGAUUGGGAGGACGAUGGGGGAGGCAAAUCCAUUGAGGAACGACUCACCCCCUCGGGGCAUUUUUGCUAAACUCGAUCUCGAUGAACUCGUCAAACCCACGGCAAAGGGGACUGAGGGGGCUAGUGGGAAUUUUGAAACGAGAAAAUUACCGACCACUCCGGGGGAGCAAAAAGACUCAGGCGGGAAUUUAGGGGGGAAUUCGGGUGAGAAUUUGGGGGUGGAGAUUUCCAUGCAGACGUAUGGUCCAGCUUUACCUGCUAAAUCCACGAGGACAGAGUCGGGUAAUUCUGAAAUUGUUCAGAAACCUGUUUUUCGGAGUGUUGUUGUGACUAAGGUGGAACGGGAUCAAGUCCAAUGGAUCGAGAGGAAGGAGAGUAAGAAGAAGAAAAAGCACAAGCAGAAGGAGAAAAGACAUAAGCAUAAAAAGAAAAGUAAGAGAUGAGAUUAGUGUGGGGAUUUGGUGGGGAGAUGGAUUGGGUGUUUUAAACUUAAUCGGUUUAUUUAUCUCGUUUUUUGCUUUCAACCUUUUUUUGGAUUUUCAAAGGGUGGAGAAAAUUUUGCAAGAGGUGAUUGUAGUACUGAACCAUAGAUUUUGCAGUGUCGGUAUUAAUCAGAUGGAAGGAAUUUUGUUUUGAUGAGAAAUCGAGUGUGUGACACAUACAAUUCUGAAUGUGAAUCUGUAGAUUACGAUUAUUAAAAUUAAUUACUAUUACUUUUUAAGCAAAAAUUUAUCGGUUGUAGAUUGUAUAUUGAAUAGUUUUCUGUUCCAAGAGCUACUAUUUUUUUUCCGUGUAUUUUUCUACAAAAAUUAUUGAUUAUAUUUCAAACUUCAGAAGUAGAAACAAUAAAAUCGUUGCAAAAACUUCUGUUGCUCCACAAAAAAUAUAUAAACGAGUUUUAGUAAUUAAACUACGAGGAAUUUCGUUUGCUUGUUUACAAUCUGAAGAAUCGAUUACACAUUUACAUCAGAAUACAGGCAUAUGUAAUGCAAUUAAAAAUUGUUUGUAAAUAAUUCAUAUAAAAAUAUAAUUCCCAAAAUCCCUAAUUGCAAAAGUUUAAAUAAGGUCAUUAUAAACCGCCCAGAAGCAGUGACGGUCACAAAAAAACUGCAGAGAACAAUGUCAACACAGAAGAAAAAAAAAACCUAAAGUACUUGAAUAUUCUGAAUUCAAGUGGACACGGGUCGUUUGAAACUCGAUAAAUUCCUCUGCCAGAAGACCGAUGAUCACUGCAAUUUUAUUCACCAUGCUAAAUAAAACUCCCAACAUUAUACAAUAGAAACAUUUAUUUAUAGAACAUCGCCGUCGAGAUAACAACGAAUUGAUUGGGUUUUCUCUCAUUACAAUUGUAUACAUUCUCAUUAUUUAUAUUCCCACCCCUGUAAAUAGGAGAUGGGAGGUGAGUCCAGGGUCGGUCGAGAGUUCACCUUUAAAAUUCCGCCACAUCGGAUAUUUCGCUGGGUGACCUCGCCCAACUCUCGAAACGUGGAAUAAGUGCACACGAGACACAGACAGGUAGAUUGACGGGGUUGAUGAAGAAAAAAAAAAA